GCCAUCCAGGAGUGCAGUACCUGCUCCCAGCACUCAGCAGAUCUAUUCUCAGAAGUCAGAACAGCAGAGCACCGAAACAAAUGAAAACCUCUUUUAUGUUCCGUAAUUGGGUUUUGAAAAACACCUUUUAAAUUUGUCAAUGUCAAAAACAAAAACAACAUCCGUCAAACUCAAACAAAAACAACAAAAACAAAACUACUUGUUUUGUUUUUGUUAACCGACCUAUUGUGUUAUUUAUUAUUAUUAUUUAUUAUUAUAAUUAUUAUUAACUUUCUCAAAGUUCUCAAAAAAAACAAAUUACAAGACUUUUGUAAAGUUUUGAAGUAGUGAUAUUUAAAAAGUAAAUUAAAUUUGUAAUUUUGAAUUUAUACGUAAUAAUUGAAACUUGCGAUGGAAAUUCGCUGUCGCCUUUGUGGAGAACCCUAUCACAAUCAAAUCGAAGUUCUGGAAAAUACGCGAUUCCUAUCAGUAAUAGACUUGUUUUUCCAGUUGAAAAUUUCCUCAGCUGAUAAUCUACCUUCUACAGUUUGUGAGAAUUGUUACGAAUUUGUUGAACGGAUUUGGCAAUUUAAAGAACAAGUAGAUAGAGCUCAAAUUGUGCUAAAUAGUGUUUUAAUAAGUUCUAUAGAUAUUUUGCCAAAUGUUAUAGGAACACAAGUGUCUGAUAUCCCAGGUUCUAUCUGUGACAAGGGUAAUGGAUUUGAAACUGCUGAAACCAAUUUAUUGAAACCUGUACUAAAACCGGCUUUAAGUGAGGAGGCAGAUGACAAAAAUAUUGAAAAGGAAAGUCACACUCGGAUACAAGAUAAUGAUAUCAAAUCUAAUACCCCUAAUCAUCAGAAAAGUAAUAUAACCUCUAAAAAGACAAAAAAAUCGUCGAGCAGCAACAAAAAGAUAAAAAAACAGGACUCAGCAGAAACAUUCAAAGACAUUGAGUAUGUCAACCCGGAUGGAACUGUAGUUCCAAAAAGGGGCAUUGCAGGCUGGAACUCAUAUCAGUGGACUUGUCCGGAAUGUUCUACUGUGUUUUUUGAAGCAGAUGAACUAAGAGAACACUUGGCGGCCGAUCACAAUAUUUUUACUGCAAGAUAUAUAUGUUUAGAUUGUCCUAAGGUAUACUACAAAUAUGUUAGUUUUAUAAGCCAUGUAAGAUAUCACAGACCGUUGCUCAAAUAUUCCUGCGAUAUAUGUUACAAAUGGUAUGCGACGUCAAAAGAGAUCGAACUUCACCAGACCAGUCAUCACAAAGAGGAACCAUACUUCUGCAGAACUUGUGGCAAAACGUUUCGAUUGCAAUCUCUACUAACUUUACAUACUCGAUCACAUUUACCUAGUGAUAUCAAAAAUUGUUACCAGUGCGAUCAGUGCCCCAAAAAGUUUGGAACUAAACAAAAUCUCCUGGCACAUAAACGGAUACAUUAUGGCAUAAAAGACUAUACCUGUGAUCAAUGUGGCAAGAGUUUUGUUCAGAAAGGGAAUUUGGACAAUCAUUUAUUAACUCAUGAUUCUACUCGACCUUUUCGGUGUACAGUAUGCGAUAAAUCAUUUAAAUCUUUGAUUCAGCUCAGGAAACACAGCUCCAUACAUUUGGGCCUCAAACCUUUCCAAUGUGAUAUUUGUGGAAGACAGUUUAGAGAAAGAGGAACGCUGAAGGAACAUCACAGAAUUCAUACAGGGGACAUGCCGUUUUCCUGCGAGUUUUGUGGAAAAUGUUUUCGGUUCAAGGGCGUACUAACCACGCACAGAAGACAACACACAGGUGAACGACCGUACUCUUGCACAGAAUGCCAGCACCACUUCACCAACUGGCCAAACUAUAACAAGCACAUGAAACGUCGUCACGGUAUUAACACGAGCGUCAACUGUCGAACCAAACAAGAAAUUCCCCCAACAGGAAAACCCUACCGUAAUCCACCUGGUACAGUUUUGGCUGCACCACAACCAGCCCCAUCAAUUCAAGUGGCCUGUCCAACUCAAAGCAAUACUGAUGCGAUGGAAUAUAGUGAAGCUCCGACGUCUACGUUUUAUCCGGUAUUGGGGCUGUAUUGAAUCGAUGAUGAUAUUGCUAAUAGUAUAGUGUGCUAUGUAGGCAAGUCCCUUUGAGAUAAACGGCUUUGGACAAGAAAGUGAAUUUACUAUCAACGACUCUGUGGUAAAAUGGAAUAACCACAUCUGAGGUUUAGAUUCUAUGGACAGAUGACACUUGAAGAUUUCCUUCCCUUUUUUCUUUUCUUGUUUGUAAAUUUUACUAUAACAUGAGCGAAAUUGAAAUCGAAAAAGUAUAUUUAACGACCGCUGGCCGUUAUUUAUCCGCCGGCUUGUAAAAUAUAAAUGUUUUUUUCAAACAUAUCCCUAUAGGAGAGUAUUUUUUUUUGUCACAUUGAAAGAUAUCUGCAGUAUAAUAAACAUUUAGAACGAAACACAGCCGAUAACUGCAAAUAACAGCCUUAGCUGAUUAUGAACACAAACUUCAUGCUGGCCGUUAUUGCCACUUAUCGGCCUUAUAACGUUAAUAAAUAUUUUCACCAUAAUAAUUAUACCAAUAUAAAAACUUGAAUGAUACUCACUUGGAAGCCAUAAUGAUGUGAGAUCGCGCAAACAUGGUAUACUACUUGUAACAACGUGGAUAGUUGUAAAAAUGUACAAAAUAAAAUAUAGGUACUCAUCAAUAGUAUUAUAAAUCAGUGGCUGUUAGAAACGAGGAUGAAUUUGUAAACUUAUAAUUGUAUAAUGUAAUAAAAGAUUUUUUAAGUAAAUUUUAAUACUUAUAUAUUUCCACAAUUUUUUGUUAAACUUUUAACAUGUUUCGCUAAACUUUAGCUUCAUCAGAAAGAUUUUAGAAAAAUAAAAUGUAGACAUAAAAGUGAAAUUGACAAAUAUAAAAAAGGUAAAAGCUGGUCUAAUUUUAUGUUAAUUUAAAUAGGUAUUACACAGUAAAUAAAUUUAAAAGUGGUGAAUUGUUUAAAUCUAAUUGGUCGUUUAAUAAACAGUCUAAAGUUUUAAGUUUGUAUAAAUUGUAUAAUGAUCUUGUUUAACUUUUUUAUAUCAGUAUAUGUGUCCUAGAAUUUGAGAAAGAAAAAACCUAAUCAUCAGCGUGUGU